CCCAGUCAAUGUUUCUCUGGCUUUUUCCUCCCAAUUCUUCUCGCACUGGAAAGUGGAAAAACCUUACAGCAAAGCUCAGAAAAGAGAAAAAAAACCGGAGAAAUCGAUGGCCACUUUACUUUUAAACGAAGCCUUAACCCUAUAAAACGACCCAAUUUCGCCUCAACUCUCCGCUCGGUAAAUUUCGCCUCCAUCGCCACCCAUGACUCACCAUCUUCUUCAUCGUCAUUCACUUUCGACAGCACCAUCAACAACAAAGAAUAAGACAAUAAUAUCAUUUACUUAAAGCUACCGACUUCAAAUGCGAUGCCAGAAACGAGGACGUCAUCGUCGGUGACGAUGCCGAUGUCAUUCAUGACUGGGUCGAUAGUUGGGAAGAGUUUUUAUAAGAAAGUUAGUACGAGAGAGUCUGGUGAUGGAGUUGGAUGGACGGUGAUGCUUGAUUAUCAGACUCUUAUCAGAUACCAUCUUUUCUUUUAAUUCUUUGUUUUUAGUUUCAUUUUUGUGCUAUAAAAAUGUGGGUUCUUUUUGAAUUUGAGAAAAGUUCAUUAAUUUGGGAUUGAAUAAGUUGUUAGUUUAGUGUUUGGUCGGGUGUUUUUGCAUCUCUGUCAAGUGGUAGCUUAAGCUUGUCUGAAUUGGUUGUCUUUUGGUUAUGUUAACUUCAGAAAGUGGAUAAGGUGACCCCAAAUGAUAUGUCGUAUAUGUUUUAGUUGAUCUUAGGUCCAACAGGUUUAGUGAGUUCUGUAAUGAGAUGUUAAUUUUUGUAGCAAACAGAUGGAAUCAGACCCUUUACUAUGCCACUGAUGAAACUUGCUUGCACAGCGCUGGAGAGAGUUCCACUCACGCGUGAAGAUCAUUGAACAUCUGAUGAAGAAAUUUGAUCAAGAUUUAUUAUUCUGUAGUGCUCCAGAGUAUAAUUCUCUGACAGUUGAUCUCCAUGGUGUGUAGCUUAUUCCUUCUUGACUCAGGGCAAGUUGAGAAAGUUGAUCCUUUACUUGCUUGGGUAAACUCAGAAUUUGGCUUUAAGCCUAUAGUGUACUCCAGCUUUUUUGGUGGGACACAAGGGGACGGUCUCACAAAGGCUAUUGAAAACCUCCUAAAGAAGACAGAUGACUGUGAAUUGGCAGUAAUUGAUGCCCUUGCGGCUGCAGCACACUCUUUGGUUAUCGCUCUAGGAAUUUUUCAGGGUAAAUUGCAGAUUGAGGAAGCAAUCGAGUUGAUUAGACUUGAGGAAGAUUUGCAGGUGGAUAAAUGGGGUCUGGUUGAAGGCGGCCAUGAUGUUGAUAUUGCUGAUCUCAAGGUACUAAUCUCAUCAGCUACUGUAUUCCUUGGUCUUUUGAGGAGGAUCUCCAUUUCUGAUUGAGGAGGUCUCAAGGCUACCGGAGCUUUUUGUGGGUACUAUAGAUUUGUAUAUCCUGAUGUGCUCAUCGAUUUUUGUAAAAUUGAUGACUUUACUGACAUAAUGAAUCAUUGAAUAUAAAAGAGUUCAUGUGCUUUUCUCCAAGUUGUAUUGAGAGAUCACUUUCAAAUGCUUUUGAACUUGUGAGGAAAGAGAAUUCAUGCAGCGAGAAUGUUUUGUAAUGCUACUGUAUCCAUCUUCUAGGCAGAGUUCUUAAUAAUCCUAUAUCACAUUUUAUGCGUGGAAUGCAAACGUCUAUGUCACUGUUCUCAUUCAUGGCUUUUUCAUAGCUAAGAGAUUCAUCUUCCAUGAAACCAUGGUCCUUUAUGUGUUAUGUAGGGAAGGUGAUGUAUGCCUAAUGCUUUCAAACUUUCAUCCAUUCUUGUGAUCAUGCUUGGCAGUAACUCAUGUCUCUUCUUGGCAGCAAUAGAUGCACAUUGGUGGCUGUCUCUCGAUGUCACAAUUACAGCAAGCUGUAUCACAGUCACUGUUGCAACCUAUUGAAAAGGAAACAGAGAUACUAUUAUAGCCUUUCUUCUGGAUAACCGAAAAUUUUUUACGAGCAUGAAAAAUUAGUAGUUGUUUUCAUCCUACUAAUAUGAAUCAAUUCCAAGUUUAUAAUUAUCAGAAAGAAGUUUCAUGGAAAAUUACUUCACCUGUGACAGUAACAUACUUUGGUGGCUCAAGGACUUGAGCUUCCAUGGGAACUGAAAGCCGGUUGCUGGCAUCAACGACAUUAGUUCGGAUAGCAGAAAUUAUGAGCACAAAAAUCCAUGUUGUUGUUAUCUUAACCAUUCUAGGACAUAAUGAAAAGCAGGGGCUGUUUUCAUAUAUAUGCAGGCUUUUAUGCGGUUCAAGUCUCAGGGAUGAUAGACCUAACUCAUUACAUAAGAUUUGGAAACUGGAAAUUUUCGUUUUGAAUACUUUUAUAAGAAUGAUUCAUCUCAAAUCUGUGAUG